UUUUCAUUACAGAACAAAUUUAAAUUUAAUAAUAACAAAUGCCCCAGGGAUAGUUCAAUAUUGGAUGAUGCGCAGUGCAUAAUUUUGGCUGAAAUUUAUAAAUUACAUACUUGCCUUUGGAAAGAAGAGGACAUCGCUUAUAGGUUUAAAAACAGACGUGAAGAAUCUUUAAGCGCCGUUUUCAAUGAAUUCAAUACAAAAACUGGACUACAUUUGUCACACCAAGAUUUGAAAAAAGAAAUUAUACUGUUGCGAAAAAUCUGCUCGAAUGAAAAGAAACUAAAAAUAGCAUGCAAAAAAACCAAUUCCAUUCAUAAAACCACGUACCUAUUUUACGAUUAUAUAUCAUUUCUCGAAGUCGACGUUGCCCCCUUUGAAUGCUCCAAAUGUGGGAAAUUACUUCCUGGGUUAGGUCAGCUCAAAGUACAUUUUGCAGAACACGAUGGUUCGCUGCCGUUUAUUUGUAACAUCUGUGGUCAUGGUUUUCAGAUGGGUACUAAUUUAACGGUCCAUCUUAGAAGACACGUACAAGACUACCAGUACAAUUGUGAAGUGUGCAACAAGCCGUGCGCAACAACCACAGAAAUUAAAAUCCACAUGCGUACACACACAGGCGAAAGGCCCUAUGUUUGUUCUAUUUGUGGUGAGAAGGCGCUGACGUCAUCGCACCUUUUACUACACAAUCACCGGCACCACGAAAAACGAUAUCGUCACAAAUGUAAAUUUUGUCCAAAAAUGUUCUAUGAAACUAAAAGCUUACGCGAACACAUGGCCGUUCAUAAGAAUGUACGAGAUCAGAUUUGCGGAGUGUGUAACAAGGGCUUUAAAAAUGUUAAGCAAUUGCGACAGCAUCAGCUGAUUCACAACACCGAAAAGAAAUAUACAUGCAAAUUUUGUGGAAAACGUUUUGCGCAAAGUUCGGGCCUAUCUGGUCAUAUGAAAACUCACGGUACAUUGCCCCGGAAAGUGCUAAAUGCUGAUUAGGAUAAAUUAAACUAAGUUUCUAUUGAAAUAUGUAAGUUUACUAGUAUAACGUCGAAUCAUUAACUUAAUUAAAAUAAAACCGGACUUCUUGUUUAAA